AUGUCGGCAGACGAGCUCGAUGUCGACGCCGAACUUUUGGCCAUGGCGGGAGACGAUAGCUCCGACGGCGAGUCAGAGGCCCCUGACGAGCAAACCCAACUCGUCAAUCACGAGCUGCGCAGCCCAAGUGAAGAAGUCAAGCCAAGCGUGGAGAAACCAACAGUUGAUGAGCCUCCUCCAAGUGCAAGGCGUGGAGUUGCCCAAAAAGUGAGGAAGAGGAGAAAGAAGGCCGAUCGAGAUCGUCGACGUGACCAGGAAAUCCUGGACGACCUGGACGAUUUGGACGACGGCUCUUCCUCCGCUCCUGCAUCUCCAGGCUCAGAAGCUAUGAUGGAUCCCGGCAGCGACGCCGAUGCCCCAGCGUCACCCAUCGACCCCCAAGAAGAUGCCGCCCUUUACCCUUAUGACGGAAAGUUCCUUUCAGCCGAAGACCGCCGAAACAUCCUCAGCCUGCCGGAAAUCGAACGAGAGUCCAUCCUUGCCGAACGUGCUGCUGAAGUGCUCAAGCGCCAGCAGGACCUGCAGCUUCAAAAAGCCUUCGCCACUUCACAAGCCCAAGCAAGCAAGAAUCAGAAACGCAAGGCUGCCGCAGCAGACUUGGACGAUGGUGUCAGAAAGAGCAGCCGCGCCAAGACCGAAAAGACUGGACGCAGCGCCUUGGAUGACUACAAGAAGGCUCGUGAAGCUAAGGGUGCUGAGAGGACCUCAAGACUCGAUGCUGGCGGUCGCAGCGGAAAGCGCUCUCUGUCAGCCUCAGCAUCAGACCGUGACGCAGAUGGUGAGAGCGAGGUGGAGUGGGCAGAGCCUGCCUCGAAGUCUCGCCGAGACGAGCCAGCAGCCGAGCUCAAAGACGUCGAUCGAUGCCGCAUCGGCCGCUCAGCUUUUGCAAAGAUUCACUUUUACCCUCACUUCGAAGAGACCAUGAAGGGCUGCUUCGCUCGCGUCAGCAUCGGCAUGAAUCGCGAGACUGGACAGAACAUGUAUCGCAUGACGCAGAUCAAAGGUUUCACCCCAGGCAAACCUUACACGCUGGAACUUCCCAACGGGAAGACCUACCAGACCGAUACCUACGCUCUCGUUUCUCACGGGCUGGCUGAGAAGCCAUGGCCGUUCUCUGCCUGCUCUGACUCCGCCUUCACCGAUGCCGAGUUCCAACACUACAAGGCUACGCUCGAGAAAGAACGGAUCCGCCUCCCAAAGCGCCUCUGGCUCCAUCAGAAACUCGACGACCUCCACCGCUUCCUCAACAUCGACUGGGACGAAUUGACUCUGCAAGGCAAAUUUACGCGACAAAGGGAAAUGCAGAACCGCGUGAAUCCCGCCAACAUUGUGAACGUCAAGCGUCAGGACAUCCUGCGACGCAAACACGAGGCAGAAGAGACUGAAGACGGUGAAGAGAUCGCAAGAUGUGAUGCCGAACUCGCAGCUUUGGAGAAUAAUACCGCCAUCAGCAACAGCGCCUCGAAAGCCAAGCCAAGCCCCGUCAAACCACUCGCGGCAGCAGCGCAGUCGUCGCAAGAACGCCUCGCCCUCAUCAACCAGAAGAAUCGCGGCAAGAAUGCAGACGACGUGCGGAAGGCUUUGCUUGAGGAGCGCAAGAAGCUGCAUCGCGAACGGGAAAAGGCCGCAGCAAUGGCAAAAGCAAAGGCCGCAGCGGACGCCGAGAGGAAGAAGGCUGAGCUGCUUGGUGUGCCCGGCGGUGACAUGGCGGAGUUGUUCGGGAGCGAUCUCUCUCGCGCCGGCACGCCGAUGAGCGGCACGAGCACCCCAGGGGGCAUGAGAAGGAGCAGGGCGAGCACGCCGAUGAAUGGGCAUGGAGCGAUGAAGAAGGACCGCUCGGGCUUAGGCAUGAUGCUUGGGAAGAAGAAGGUCGAUGACGAGCUGGGAGGCUUGGAUCUGGGGAUUGACGUGGAGAUCUGA